AUGCAUCUGCUACCUCGGGAGCGCGAUAAGCUGUACGUGCGCGAGAUUGGUUUGCUGGCGCAAACACGCCUAGCGCGUGGAAUUCGUUUGAAUGAGACAGAAGCGAUUGCUUUGAUCUCUGCAGUGCUGCAGGAAAUGGCCCGCUCUGGCAAGUACACGGUAGCGUCGCUCAUGCAGUAUGGUAAAACGCUCCUAGGGUAUCGGCAAGUUCUUCCAGGCAUCUCCCAGACGAUUCCAGAGGUCAUGAUUGAAGCUACUUUCAAUGAUGGAACAUUUCUUGUGAGCGUCCAUGAUCCAAUUUGCUCGCCUGAGGGGAACUUGUCACUUGCAUUGCUCGGCUCAGGCCUGGAAGCGCCGUCACCAGAUGUGUUCCCACGUAUUUUCACUCCAGAGGGACCUGUUCCAGGUCGAAUCAUUGCGCUGGAUUCUGCCCCACCGAUCACGCUGUUUCCAGACUACCGUCGAUUGUCGCUUGAGAUGACAAAUACGGGCGACCGUGCCAUUCAAGUUGGUUCACAUUUCCCUCUUCACAAAGUGAAUCGUGCGCUUGAAUUUCCACGUGAGGUAGCUAAAGGAUAUAAACUAGACGUGGCAGCUGGCACGGCCAUUCGCUUUGAACCAGGUGUGAAAAAGCGUGUGACUGUAGUCGAGACGGGCCCGACGUACAGGCGACGCAUUAAGGCAGGCGAUUCGGAGAUACUUCCGGGCCCAGAGCCAUUUUCACUGUCGCGGGCGGCGUAUGCAUCACUGUAUGGUCCGACGACAGAUGAUCGUGUCCUGCUUGGCGACACGAAUCUCUGGGCAGUCGUUGAGAAAGAUCACACCUCAUACGGCGACGAGUCGACAUUCGGUGGUGGCAAAGUCUUGCGUGACGGCAUGGGUCAGUCACCAGGACGUGCUUCUUCUGAUGUGCUCGAUACAGUUGUCACGAAUGCCUUGAUCGUCGACUACUCGGGCAUCAUCAAGGCGGACAUUGGCAUCAAGAAUGGUCUCAUUGCUGGAAUUGGCAAAGCAGGUAAUCCUGAUACGAUGACAUAUGUGACACAAAACAUGAUUAUUGGCUCUUGCACUGAAGUAAUCGCUGGCGAGAAUCUGAUCGUGACUGCUGGCGGUGUCGAAACUCACACCCAUUUCUUGUCCAUGGACAUGUGUAUUGAGGGUCUGGCCUCUGGUCUCACGACGUUGGUUGGCGGCGGUACGGGUCCAGCUGCUGGCAGUCGAGCUACCACAUGCACUCCAGGGCCUUGGCACAUAAGAAAAAUGCUCCAAGCGACCGAUACACUACCGGUGAAUGUCUUGCUGACAGGCAAAGGCAAUGACUCUGGUGAGCUUCCUCUGCGAGAGCAGAUUGAGGCUGGCUGCGGUGGUCUGAAGCUUCAUGAAGAUUGGGGUGCGACACUUGAGGCCAUUGAUACAUGUCUUCGUGUGUGUGGGGAGUAUGAUGUUCAGUGUACGAUCCACACGGACUCGCUGAACGAGUCCGGUUUCGUAGAAGACACACUAAAAGCCAUCGGCGGUCGUACUAUCCACACGUACCACUCUGAAGGCGCCGGUGGUGGACAUGCGCCAGAUGUGAUUCGAGUGUGCGGUGAGCCGAACAUUCUACCCGCGUCGACGAAUCCAACACAACCGUAUGCAUCAAAUACGAUCGAUGAGCACAUGGACAUGCUCAUGGUGUGCCAUCACCUGUCAAGAAAUAUCGCGGAAGAUGUUGCGUUUGCCGACUCACGUAUCCGGGCUGAAACCAUUGCUGCUGAGGAUGUCCUGCACGACAUUGGAGCCAUUAGCAUCAUGAGCUCAGACUCCCAGGCCAUGGGACGUAUUGGCGAAGUCAUAUCUCGGACGUGGCGUGUAGCCGACAAAAUGAAAGAGAUGCGUGGUCCUCUCAUUUCCUCGCAUGGCAAGGACUCGCUGACCAACGACAAUGCACGCAUCCGACGCUAUGUGGCCAAAUACACGAUCAAUCCAGCCAUUGCACAUGGCAUCUCGCAACACGUUGGGUCCGUGGAAGUAGGCAAGAUCGCUGACCUCGUACUAUACCGACCCAAGCAUUUUGGUGUACGCCCAGAAAACAUCAUCAAAGGAGGCCAGCUUGUCAUGUCAAACACAGGCGACUCGAACGGCUCCAUUCCGACGGUGCAACCAGUGUACUUGCGCCCGACAUUCGGCUUCCAGCCAGUCUGUGCAGCAGAUAACAGCGCAGCAUUCGUUAGUAUGGCAAGCAUUCGGAACGUCGGCAAGUAUGGCCUGAGGAAGCGCUGCUUGCCUGUUUCGGGAUGUACCGGUCUUGGCAAGAAAGACAUGAAACUGAACUGUGAGACACCCAAGAUAUCAGUGGAUCCGGAAACUUUUGUUGUCACGGCCGAUGGCCAAGACAUGAAGACUGAGCCUGCGACCAAGGUUGCGCUUUCAACUGGCACAGGUAUAUUUUAA